AUGACGAACAUUAAGGGUCUCAAACGCAUUCAGCAGAUGAUAUUCUUCUUCUCGUGGAAGCGACAAGCUGUGCAGCGACGACUGCGUCGCGUUCGGGAACGACUAGCAUCCAGUCUUUUUAUCAGUCAUCCCAUCGCCCGACAUUUGCUGUUGAACGUACGAGAUGCCUGCACUGAGAUUGAAGACGAGGCUGAACGCGAGUAUGUUGAAGCGGACACGAGCUACACACUGGAGCGACUGGCUCAUAUCCACGAGCAACGUGUGCGUGAUGCAACAGCUGCAAUCACCAAGAGAAUUCAAUCGCUUUGUGUGAUGAUAAACGAUGCUACACGAGACAUUUCACGAUGCAAGGAGGAGCAAGGGUGCAGCUACGCAAUCAGAGACCACGAGGAGUUCAGCAAGACACUUCGAUUAUCCAGUCUACGCGAAAGGAUGUUUACCUUCUUACGUCUCGUGGAUUGUCACGUAGCAGAAGCCAUCUACCAGCACAUGACUCUCGUUGUACAGGACCUUCGUGCUCGAAUCUGUGGCCAACAAGGCGCUGCACAGUCUGAUGACGUCAGUUUCGAAGGUGAAGUCCAUUCAGCCACGAUACAUUUCGUUCCAUCAAAGGUUGAGGUACUCGAGCUCAUUCACGCCAUUCUCAUGAAGUAUUGUGUCGCUUUGGAUGGGCUACCUCGUGUUCUGACGGACAAGCUUUUUGAGCGUGUACUUACGCCAUUCGUGCCGUCAACUCGACGUGGUUUUGCUGAGAGCUUGUUGAAGCCGUCGCAUCUCGUUCUGGAAACUUACGAGCCUGAACUUCGGCAAAUGCGUGCUGCGUUGGAAUUGCAUUUCCGACGCCUAGGAAUUCUUCAGCAGGAGCAUUUGCGGUGCAUUCGGGCUAUUAAAGUUGCUGAGAGGGAAUCGCCUGAUACCCGACUCCCAGAACUGCCAGACUUGUCUAGUAGUGCUGCUGCUUACGAACUGGCUCAGAAGACUUGGAGUCGGUUCGUACGGUAUGCGAGCAGUGCGGCUUCGAUGCUUCAAGUAGGUUUUUUACUGUUGGAUGAACGCUCGUUUGUCGACAGACUACGCAGCCACGUCUCCAAGCGAGUGGCGGAAAUGGAUGACGCACUACCUUUGAUCUAUCAGCAGUUCUUGACUAGUCUUUUGGAAGAUGUUGACGGUAGAAUCGACAAGAUUACCAAGAUCCCGACCAACCUCGAAGAAGCGAACGCGUGGCUAACGCAGGUCACGUCAAUGAUGCCAUCUCGUCCGUUCCGCCAGCGACUCGACACGAAGAUUGCGAACCUCGCACGGCUUCGGAUACUUAUCAAGGAGCGUGGAUUAGUAUCGCUCGAAAUCGAAGCACAGGAUGCCAUUCGGAAACUCGAGUUGACGUGGGAAUCCGUCAUCGAGACGCUCUUGGUGUGUCUAGCUCGAGUCGAAGAGCGAGGGAGUGAACACCGUCGUAGCGUCCACGACGUGAUUAGCAAAGUGGACGAGUACAUUUCGGGCCAACUUCAGCUCAUUAUCGGCAAGUUCGAGGAAAUUCCGUCUGGCUAUUUGGUGGCGAUGGAUAUCGAGCGGAAGAGUGUGGUGCAGCAGUUUGAAGAAUACGAUCGUGAACACCGAGCUAGUAUGGACAUGCCACCGUUGCAGCAGCCUGUUUGGACGUCAUCAAUAUCGAGUACUAGCUCGAAAAACUUAUCGGCUGUGAGUAUGACAGAUAAACUCCCAAGUGAAUUGCUGCUGCUGUACAUUAUCACGUCGCUGGAACUGCGCCAGUGGUUUGAAUCGUGGAAGAAGAUGCAGGACAAGUGGCUCGGGUCUCCGCUUACAGGUGUGCACCCAGGAACAAUGAUCAACCGGAUUAAGCUGUUUCGACGACGCCUGGCAUACGCUUCUUCUCGUCUGUCACGAUUGUCCUCGGACUUCGAGCUCAUGCGCGUAUUCGACAGUAGCAUUGAGGAAAUGUCGAACUGCAAUCGCAUCUUUCAGGCGAUCAGCGGUGGGGCUUUUUCUGAGGCGCGGUGGGCAGCCAUGAACCAGCUGUUGAACGUUAAUACUGCAUCAAAUGGUGGAGGCCAUUUGACUCUACGACUGAUGAAGGAAAAGUGUGACGCUGGCCAAGUUGAGACAUUCCUAGUCGUCUGCGAUGAAUGCAUUGUGGAAGCAAAACUACACGUCAAGUUAGAGCAGGCUCGACAACGUCUAGCUCGGAUUGAGGUUCGCGUGGAAGAGACAAACUACAGCGUGGCAUGUGAAGGUAUAGCAGAAGCUUUGGCUCAGCUGGAUGAGAUCGCUGUCGACGUGAAUCUCUGCCCGUUCGGUCAGAAUCCGGAGCUGCAGCUCUGUCUGGAAUUAAGAGCGGAUCUGGAGCGGAAAGUAUCGGUGUGCGAGCAUAUUUUGUCCUACCAAAAGCACUGGCGACUGAGGUGUGAAGCAACAAAACUGCACGAGAUGGAUGAAUUCUUCUCCAAACGCUUCAGCGGCGGCGACUUUGCCUUACCUCGAGGUCAGAAAUCCCACCGCAAAACUGGAUUAAAGCAAGAGCAGACUGUAUGGCAGGCGUUCUUGGAUGCGAGUCACGCCUGGAGCGACCGACUUCGUCGUCUAUUCUUUGUGAGUCCUCCUCAAGUUAAAGUCGAACCAGCGGAACAGAACCAACGCUCUCUCCUCGGUAGGAAAUCAGCAGUGGCGCCUGCUCCAAUGACGAUAAAUCGGCGACGAAAUACCGCCGCCAAAUCGAUGAACUGCACCCUCGACGACGUCAUUAAAAGCUUUGAAGGCUUCGAUUUCGAGGCCAAUUUUGCGGUCUGUGAGCGAGGCAUUGAACUUGUUCACAACUAUCUCGCCUCGAUACGCGAGAAAGCGCCUCGAAUGUAUUGUCUGGACGAAUCGUCGAUGCUUCGCCUUUUACUACGAGACUCAGAUGUCAAGCAACUGCAUCAAUCGCUCGCUAUUUGCUUCCCUCAAGUCCAUCGCUUUGCAUUAUCUCGCGCAGCCAACCGAGUCGGCUCUACAGUCGAAGUUUUUGGCAAGCCCGGAACCUCUGUACGAGCCAGCAAGACGGCUGGAACUAUCAAAAGUGGCCACUUCCGUCUCCCCGUGGCCAAAAUCGGUCGUGUUAAGUUUUGGUUCACGCGGCUUGAGGAGGAAAUGUCGUCGAUGGUGCUAACGGAUCUAAAGCGCGCAUUUGAAUGGGCCACUCAAGACUUUGCCAGCGCAGAGUUGGGAGACUACGACUCGCUUCUGCCUCAAUCCAUCGUUACGGCGUUCGGACUUCGAUUCACAUUCGACAUGAACCAAGCGCUGCGCUCGAACCAGUAUGAGACGAAAUUUCGGCAGCUGAUUAAGGUCCAAGUGGGUCUUAGAGGGAGACUGGAAGGCCUGGACGGCAGGAAGACGCGUUGUUCUUUUGGAGCAUGCAGCUCCAGACUCGAGUAUAUCAAAGGGGAGAGGAACGAGCUGCUUCCUAGCAGCCCUGACUUUCUGAAAAUACCCUCCGCAAACCACAGUGGGCAACCGAUGAGCUUCUCUGUAUGCUGCCAGGUUGCCCACCUACAAAUGCCAUUGGGUCAGGAAUUUGUGGGCUGGAGGAGACUUGCUGUGUUAUCCCCAUUCACGCAGCGCUGCUCGUACGCGCUCUUCAGUGCUCUGAGGAUGCAUCACACAGCUCUAGUUGUGCCAUACAAUGUUGAUCGCGCAGGAACGGCCCCCACGUCGCUCCUGUGGGGCAUUGCGCAACUGCUGUUGAGACCGUGCACUGAGUUUGCAUGCGACCCCAGCGCGGGGGGCGCAGCAACCAUUCACCACAUCGGAAACUUGAUGAGCUUUACGUCAAAGCUUAAUGGAUUUCUCAUCGUCCGUCAUCUCGUACAACUUUCGACUGCACUUGUUGGCGCCGUGACAAAUUUACUCGUGCUUCCUCGACACCCUGGUGGAAUUUUGUAUGGAGCUAGCUCGAUCUUCGUUCCAUUGGAAUCGACGGAAGAACUGCAGCGAAGCGGGUUGAUUCGGUCUGUUCGAACUGCAUUCCGUGCUGUUGCUGUCUCUCGACCGGCCAUUAAGUACACUGUCGAGUGCAUGCUCAUCGCCGAUGGGUUUACCUCGGAGCAGACCCGAGAACUCAACGUUGUUGAAGCUGUUGAGGCGAUUGAUGCUGGAGAGGCUGGACCAAUUGGUGUAUCCAACGUCGAGUCAUUGAUCUCACGUGUUAUCCGAGAAGCUCGUCGUCUCCGGGAUCAGUAUCGAGUGGUACUAGUGACCAAAGGCAAAGGAGACGAAGAAGCGGUGGCUGCCGCUGUGACAAUUUACUUGGAAAGUGCGUACGCUCUUCCAGCGGAUUGCGGGCAGUUUGAGCUGGUUAUGGAACUGUGGCGCGCCUUACAGACCUUCCCAGCUGCAUUUGUGUAUGGAUCUCCCGGUAGUGGCAAAACGACCUGCAUCACGGCGUUGCAUCGUGCACUACUGGCACUGGAGAUGAGCGAGCAGAACCAAGAAAACGAAGACGUGGCUGUCAUACACAUUGCUAACACUGGAACAUGGAAACAAAGCUCAAGCUCGUUAAAGUGGGUUCUGGUCGAUGGUGAAAUUGAUGGCGGCAUGCUGGAUAGACUACUGGAAAGCGACAAUCGCGCUUGUUCCUCUGCGUCGUCACUUCCGUCCUCCUCAGUUUUGUAUCGAGGCCAAAGUUCGAAUGUAAUUUCUGGCGAUUAUUCUGACUCAAGCGAUAGUCCUCGUCUGUUAUUUGAGGUGGUUAGCGUGGCGGAUCUGUCGCCUUCUGCACUUCAGAAGUGCUGGGCUUUACAUGUCCCCUCCCACUGCAUUACCGUGGCAAGCAUCAUCCGCGGAUGGCGUUCUAGAUGGGAAAACCAGCCGAUAUUCUCCCCAGAUUCACCAGGAUUCGAGGCCAUGACUGUGGUUUUCAAGACUGUUGAUGUUCUCCUGUCGAGGAUUUGUGUGCCCUUUGCCAAUGAGGAAGCAACUGCAGACCGAACUGAUGCAGAUAUGGCGAAGACGGCCGGACUUAAACUGGGAAAUCUCUCCCUGAAUCAUAUUACGCAGACGGCACUGGCGAUGGUGUCGCUGUGUUUUCUGCAGAACAAGUCGCUGCUGCAAGAACUGCCAUAUUUCCGUCUUGUUGAGCUCGUGGCGUUUGCACUUCUUUGGGGGUUUGCUGGCCAUCUUCCGGGGCCAUCCCAAAUUAAACUUGAGAGUUAUGUGCGAGCUAAGAGCAAGGAACACAGCGAAACGAGGCAUUUGGCCGAACUGCAGCGCAGUCUCCUGGACGCAAACUACUUUGAAGACGUCUGGGCUGAGCUACAGCCGAGCGCUUUCGACUCUUCCAAUGGACACGCGUUGGUGUUGGUACCUCGAGCGACAUCGCUAGUACGGGUCUGCACGUUGCUACUUCAUUCUUCACACUCGUUUUUGCUUAUUGGGCCUGCUGCUAGUGGGAAGACCUCGCUUCUUCGUUGGCUCAUGCAUCGUAACACAGAGGUCGAAGCAGCGAGGAUGAAAAUGGAGACGUCGCUGGAUGAACGACAUGUGCACGGCAUCCUCGACUGGACGCGUGUGCCUGGAGCCUGGUUUUCCCCUCUGAAUCAACACGACACGGGCGCAGAGUCCCGAGCUAAGAUGCGUGAAGAGAGUGAACUGUUUGCUACGAGAUCGAGACACUCGUUUGUUUUCCUGGACGACUUGGAUGCCAAAACGUAUUGGAGCCGGUAUGCGUCUCAGUGA